AUGGUCUCAUUCAGCCACCUGUUCACCCUGCUGUGCGUCCUCGUCGCUGUGUCUCGUGCAGACGAUGCAGCCACCCCCAAGUCGGAGGGGGUAGAGGAGAAAUGGUACUUCGGAAAUAGAUACGGACUCUCGUCCUGCUACGGCACCGGAUUUGGCCUCUGGGGCGGCUAUAGCCCAUUGUACCGCAGCUGGGCCGGGUUAUUCAACCUCAACUACUUAUACGGCUACCAAGGUUUCGCCUACUCCCCACUCUUAUUUGUCAAGGCGACCGAGGGGGCUCAAAGCGUUAGCCGACGUGCCAUCGCUCUGGACGAUGCCGAACAGCUCAGCCGCCGAUCUGACACCGAGUCCGUAGCUUGUGCUACCCACGGCAAAGCUCCCCAAGUUUUCUCUGUCAAGCACUGUUUGGCUGCUGCCCAUCAAUUGGUUGAGAAGAAGGUUUCGACUGCCACUUCCGGCAACUGUCAGUUAUCCCUCGUUCACGGCACUGAGAAAGUCGCCCCAGGCUCCAUCACGGUCAAGGACCUCGAAGCUGGUGUCCAGAAUAUGUUAAAGGCCUGCAGCAAAUCAACCAAUGAAAAUGAAGCUCCCGCCAAGGCUACCGCCAAACUCGACGACAAGCUAGCCGUUAUGCUCCUCUCUAGCCCGCAAUGA